UCAGCGGGCAUCGUUGGAACAGUCAUCGGCUUUCCCCUUGAUUUAAUCAAAACAAGAAUGCAAACUCACCAAGGCCAACCGGGUGGUGGUAUUUUCGAAAAUGGAUUACGCGUUGUAAAAUCCGAAGGUAUUUUGGCCCUAUACAAAGGAAUAGCGCCACCUCUGAUUUCACUAUCAAUUUUGAACACUUUCACGUUUGCGAGCUACUCCUACUUCCAAACAAUAUUUCAGGCUGAUAGGGGUUGGGAUUGGCGAAACUCAGUAGCUGGUGGAGUUUGUGGUCCGUUUGCUGCCACUGUGUCAACAGUGGAGAAUUUAGUAAAGACUCAAAUGCAAGUGGACAAUAUCUCGAAAAAGCAGUUUAUUGGAUCUUGGGAUUGUGUGACGAAGUUGACAAGAACGCAUGGCCCACUAAUACUGUACACCGGUUUCGGAAUCAACUCUAUUCGAGAAAUUGCGUUCCUUACAACUUACUUUGGACUUUACGAAGGUUUGCGACAGACAUUUGGGGACCUUGCCGGCAGGCAUCCCAUAAGUACAUGGACAAUUCCAGUCGCUGGUGGUUUCGCGGGUGCCGCUUCCUGGUUUCUGAGUUUCCCACUGGAUUGUAUACGAGCGGGCGUUCAGGGCCAGGAUAUGUCAAGUCAACGCAAAGGGUCAUUAAAAGUACUCUGGUAUUUGAUGGAAACGAAAGGGGUUAAAGGUCUCUACAGCGGAGUCUCGCCGAGUAUUGUGAGGGCUUUCCUUGUCUCAGGAAGUCGUUUCAGUGCCUAUGAAGGUGCAUUAUGGCUUCUGCGUGGAGGGCGCGAUGUCCAGCAUUAA